UAUAAAACAGGCGGGACUUCUGCUAUGGCGUCACUUCCGCUAAGUGCGGACGCAUUUCCCGCUAGCUCGUCAGACCGCGCCGCCGCAGGAAGCAGCCGAUAAACAACCGCGUCUCCGCACCGAAAGUUCUUUGUCUUCGGCACUAGCUCGACGCGCAGCCUCCACGAUGGCCGAUAAAAUGAGUAUGUCUCUGGACGACAUCAUCAAGCUCAACAAGAAGGGCGGAGGAGGUGGCCGCGGAGGAGGGCGCUCGGCCGGCGGGCAGGGUGGCGGUUCGGGUCGGGCCGGCGCGUCGAGGCCGGCGCGGAGUCGACAGAAUAACUUCGCCAACAAUGAGAGGAACAGCCGCGCGACGCCGUACACCCGGCCCAGAGAGCUGCCGGACAGGUGGCAGCAUGACAUGUUCGAGGAGCAUACCGGUGGCCACCGGCAAAGUGAUGCGGUGGAGAGGAGCGUGGAAAGUAAUGGCAAGCUGGUCGUUUCCAAUCUGGAAUUCGGAGUCUCUGACUUGGAUAUUAAGGAAUUGUUUGCCGAGUUCGGGACAUUACAGAAAGCGUCUGUGCACUACGACCGGUCCGGCCGCAGCAAAGGAACCGCGGACAUCCACUUCGAAACGAAGGCGGCAGCACUUAAAGCCAUUAAGCACUACAACGGCGUCCCGCUCGACGGCCGCCCCAUGAAAAUCCAGCAACUGACUUCAGAGGACGACGCUGAUAGUAGACCGUCUACACAAAGUUCAAACCGGGGCUUUGACCGCAGCCGGCUGGGACAGCCGAAGUUUGAGAGGAGUGAACGAGGCGAGAGGAGGCAAGGUGGCGGAGGAGGAGGAGGAGGCUUCAGAGGUCGUGGCCGAGGAGGUGGAAACAGACCCCAGCUCUCUGCAGAGGAGCUGGACGCCCAGUUGGAUGCGUACAAUGCCAAGAUGGACACCAGCUAAAAGUGCUCAGUCGAUGGUGCGUCGGUCCCCUUUCGGUCAAUCUCAAUUGGAUACGAUUGAUCAGACUUUAUUAGAAAUCGUUGCAUUUUUAAAACAUUUUAUUGUAUGGACCAUUAUAUUCUGUUUUUAAUUUUAUUUAAAAAAUUAAGCCAUGCUUCAGUUUUGUGGAUUUUUCCCCUCGGCCACCAGCUCCUGUGCUUUUUUUACACUUAUGGACAAUUGCUGUAAACCUGCAACAUGUUUUUCUUUUUUUCUUAAUUCACAACAACGUGAUUCAUGGAUUUGACCGACUAACGUAAAACAUGUCGAUGUGACGCGGUGCGGUCAUUUGGUGCUGUGUGCGUGACUUUUGAACAUAUUUCAAAGGGUUUUUGUACAUAAAUAAUUAUAUUGAA